AAGCAGACAGCGACAAGCAACCGUCUGACGCUGCAGCCUUUGAAAUGGCGUUGAUGUAGUUCAAUACGCCGCUAUUUGUAGUUAUUGUGCUCGUUUUUGUCGCUUCAGGUUGUAGUUUUCCGGUCCAGUUUAAAUUUCUGGACCUGAACUCUAUAUUAGUGCAUUACGAAUUGAAUAAAAAAAGAUGUGGAUAAGCAAAUUGUUUAUAAUUUACGUUGCAUAAUAAGGCCGGAUCUACCCCCGACCUUGCGUAGGGAUUACAACGGCUUUCGGAUGCUCGGCCUGCCGCAGCUAGAUUCUGGUUUCCAAGAGAAUCACGGUGGACAUGUGUACCAGUAACAUCACUUUGGAAGUAGAGUUACAGAAACAUCAUAUUUUUUGCAUAAUUUAAAAUCACAUUUCUUUUAUAAAUAUAUCAUCCCACCUGCAUAAUAUUUUGACAACGUAACUUUAAUAAUAGUAGAAAGCUGAUUCCCUCUCACUCAAUAUGGCAUCGGUGCCACUGUACUGCUUGUGUCGCCUGCCUUAUGAUGUGACACGCUUCAUGAUCGAGUGUGACAUUUGUCAAGACUGGUUCCAUGGAAGCUGUGUUGGAGUAGAGGAGGACAAAGCAGCUGAGAUUGACCUGUAUCACUGCCCCAACUGUCAGGUCACCCAUGGGCCAUCUGUCAUGCGCAAACGCCGUGGAGGCAACAAGCAGACAGAUGGUGGCGCUGCAGCAAGGGAUCCAAGUCGGCCUGUUAAGACAGGCAGCCCACAGUUUGUUAGGGAGUUACGGAGCCGCACCUUCCCAGGUGCGGAUGAAGUUUUGCUCAAGCCGUCGGGGGCCCAGCUGACAGUCGAGUUUCUGGAAGAGCAUUCAUUCAGCGUUCCUGUCAUGGUGCUGAGGCGGGAUGGCCUAGGCAUGACCCUUCCUCCGGCAUCAUUUGGCGUCAGCGAUGUAGAGCAGUACAUUGGUUCAGACAGACAGAUUGAUGUGAUUGAUGUUUCUCGCCAAUGUGACAUGAAGAUGCGGUUGGGGGACUUUGUUGAAUACUACAACAGCCCCAAUAGAGAGAAAGUACUGAAUGUUAUCAGUCUGGAGUUCUCUGAGACCAGGCUCUCAAACUUGGUGGAGACUCCAAAGAUUGUAAGAAAACUGUCAUGGGUGGAAAACCUCUGGCCUGAAGAGUCUGUGUUUGAACGCCCCAAUGUGCAGAAGUACUGUCUAAUGGGAGUCAAGGACAGCUACACAGACUUUCACAUUGACUUUGGAGGCACCUCAGUAUGGUACCAUGUCCUCAGGGGCGAGAAGAUAUUCUACCUUAUUUCCCCCACCACAGCCAACUUGGCACUUUUUGAGCGGUGGAGUUCCUCGUCUAACCAGAAUGAGAUGUUCUUUGGAGACCAGGUUGAUAUGUGUUACAGGUGCUCGGUCAAACAAGGAAACACAUUGUUCAUACCAACAGGGUGGAUUCACGCUGUGCUGACUCCAGUGGACUGCCUUGCCUUCGGAGGGAACUUCUUGCAUAGUCUCAACAUUGACAUGCAGUUGCGGGCAUAUGAAAUAGAGAAGAGAUUAAGCACAGCAGAGUUGUUCAGAUUUCCCAACUUUGAGACCGUGUGCUGGUAUGUUGGAAAGCACCUUCUUGAUACAUUCAGAGGUUUAAGAGAAAACCGCAGACAUCCUGCCACUUACCUGGUCCACGGAGCAAAGGCCUUAAACAAUGCCUUCCGCGGCUGGACUCGCAAAGAGACUGUAGCAGAUCAUGAAGUGGAGAUUCCAGAAACCAUCAAUACUCAGACGUUAGUGAAGGACCUGGCCAAGGAGAUCCGUCUGGUUGAGGACAUCUUCCAGCAAAACAUUGGGCGCCCUGGACCUCAGUUUCCUGGUUCUCCACUCUCCAAAGCUCCUCUGACCACCUCUCAGAAUUCAGCACGCCCCCCUGGAAAAAAGAAAGGAACCAAGCCCAAGGAAUUGAUGGGGGGACUUGGGCCCCCUGUAACCAAGAAGAAGAGUCAGAAGGGGCUUAUUAAGGCAGAAGCAGGAGAGCUCGACCUCAUUGAGAUCCACACCAAACACACACUCAAAAAAUGUCAACCUGGCAAGUCAAAAAACAAAAACAAGCUGGAGUUGCCUUUAGAGGAGUUUGAAGGGAAGAUAAACAAAAGCAAACUGAAACUUGUGCUGACCAAUGGAAAAAUCCAAGGUAAAAAGGGUGGCAGCAGAAAUGGUGCAGGAAGGGCAGGAAAGUUCAAACAUCUUGUGAUGGAGGGAUCUAGCAUGUCUGAGUUGGAGUCUGAGGAUGAGCUGCAGAUUGACGAGACCCCUCCUCCACGGCGCAAGCCUGCAGGACCCAACAAGAAAAAGAAACUAAGCGGUCUUCCAAGGAAGCUGCCCAGAGCCAAACCUUGCUCUGACCCCAAUCGCAUCAGGGAGCCAGGGGAGGUAGACUUUGACAUUGAGGAGGAUUACACCACAGAUGAAGAGGCACUAGCUGCCCACGGGGUGAAGGGUGGCGCGGGGGGCAUUCUGGACUUAUUGAAGGCCAGCAAGCAAGUGGCAGGCUUGGACUCUUCAACACUCAGUGAGGAAGCCCCAGCUUCUCCCAGCACUCGUGAUGCCAUACAGGGUAUGCUGUCCAUGGCCAACCCCCCUUCUUCGUCCUCAUCUUCCUCCUCUUCGUCUCCCCUAUCCAUUUCUGGAGGAUUGACAGAGGGAUUGGGGGUGGUCAAGGAAAAGGGUGGCAAGGCUGUGUGGUUGACUGGAGGGGUGAAAAAGACAAAAACUCCUGAGAAGAAACCUGUCAUCCAGCGGCCCGGGAAACGGCCAAUUAAACGGCCCGUCCGUCACCUCAGUGAGGAGGACAGUCCUGAUGACCAAGAGACUCUCGGCACCUGUUUCAAAGAUUCAGACUAUGUUUAUCCGUCCUUGGAGUCUGAUGAGGAGGACCGUGCUAACAAGGCUAAGAUGAAGCGGAAGAAAAACUGGGAUGACACACCCUGGAGCCCGAAAGCCAGGGUGAUGCCCACCCUUCCCAAACAGGAACGACCUGCCAGGGAAGGAGCUCGAGUCGCCUCUGUAGAGACCGGUCUUGCAGCAGCUGCUGCCAAGCUGGCACAACAAGCUCUGCACCAGGAGCAGCAGAAACCUGCUAAAAGGAAGUACACCAAGAAGCAGCGUCCUCCCGCUCCCGUGGCCCCUCCUCCCCCCGUUCAGGCUGAGCCAGCCCCACCCUCACCACCACCUGCUCCAGAGUCUGCAGCAGACCAAAGCCCAGACAGGAGAAUGGAUUACUUCUCUGCUAGUCUGUUGGACCAUGAAUACACAGCAGGGCCAGGAACUUUUGGCCCUGGGGGCCCUCGAGGCAGCGGAGCACUGGCCCCUGGCGUUUUCCUUACUUCACGGCGACCUUCACUUUCUCCGCAGAACAGCAGCUCUCACUCUGCUACAUCCCCUGCAAGUUUAGCCAGCCAGGGAGCAACAGGAGUUGGUCAAGGAAAACGUCCAAAGAAAGGACUUGCAACUGCAAAACAGAGACUUGGAAAAAUUCUGAAAAUUCACCGAAAUGGAAAACUUCUCUUGUGAGAGAUGUUGGAAUUAUGGCUAAAGACUUUUGAGUGGGAAUGAAGAAAAACGCUUUUGUGAAAGAAGGUCUGAAGGAAAUAGAUAGUUAUCUAUAUUUUUUACUCUAGAUACAUUUGUUUACUGUUUUCACAUGUUAUUGAACCUUUCUAUAUCUUGUCCUACACCAAUCGCUCUGCCCAGCUAAUUGCAACCUGUUUUGGCACCCCAUUUAUCAGAAUAUGCUAGUAUUUUUAGAGGCACAUCUGUGACUCUUGAUGAUCACAUCUUGACAUUGGCAAUGGCAGAUUGUGACAAGUGGACUUUACUUUAACUAGCAUAAUUAAUUGACUGAACCCAAUGGUUUCAUUUAUUCAGAAUUGUUUUAGUUUAUUUGUAUUUUAGUGGCUCUAUUUAUGACAGAGAUAUUCCACUGUUCAUCGUACAUUUGAAAAGGGAAAGAAAAACAAAUGGUAAAAUGGUAAGGUAAAAUGAGAUGUCUUUAUAGCCCUCACACACAGUCAUGCAGUUGUAGUCUUCUUUUCAAUGUCAUUUUUACCUCAACAAAACAUAUUCUUGUGUGGUAUGAUGAUGACAGGAUCUUAAUCAUUACACAACUAUAAACUGUUUUGAAAAAAUUCAGUGUAUGCACACACGGUCAGCACCCAGAAAGAUGUUUAUAUAAAACAUUUCCCUUAACAUACUGCAAUUCUACGCAUUAAGUUCAAAGUGCCCGACUGAUGCCAAGAGUAAAAUCCUAGUUUUAUUUAUUUCGAUAUUUAUUUAACAGAGCAGCAUGUUGCCAUCUCCCAACCUGUUUUAACAUAGCAUGCUUUUACCACCUUAACUUUUUGGUCCUUACUUUAAUUAUUUUCAACCACUUAAUACCUGUACAAAAAUGUAUCCCUUGCUUAAUUUUUUGUUAGUAGUUUUUUUACAGUUUAUGUUGUCCUUGUAAAUAAUUGUAAUAUUUGUAAUUUAUAUAGCUACAUUGGAAGAGAAGAACAACAUGGGAUAAAUAGACUAGUUUCAUGCAGGUUUGCAUCGUUUGUGCCCCAAAUGUCGGCAGAAGUCUCGGGCCAGAUAUAGAGAUGUCUUUCCACAGAAUGUACUAGUUAUAGAAUGUUGGCAGAAUUUUAGAUUUAACUGUGUUAAAACAUUGUGAAGGUGCAGGACAUGAAUCGAUAUGUACAUAUUUGUUGUAAUUUAAGUUCUUUUAUAGUCCAAAAACUUUGAAAUAUUUCUUAACAUAACUUGUACAUGAUACAAUGCUGUAUUUGGUAAAUAUCAGAAAUAGUUCAUUUUUUAUAUUUGUACGCAGUAAUUGUCAUUCUUAGUUUGUCAUGUCUUGUCAGUGUAAUAGUUUAAAUGUUCUGGAAAAAAUGCCCUUGUUUGAUUUCAUCCAUUUUGUUUUACAUUAUUAUUGUUGAUAUUCACUCUUGUGUUGAUGUGUACUGUGUUUUAAACAUGAUGUGUAUAAAACGACCUGGAACAGAUAAAAUAUACCUUGGGCAAAAUG